GACCAGCUGCACGGACCACCCUCUGGACCGAGCCGAGCCGAGCCGAGCUGAGCCGAGCCUGCACGAGGAGCCCGUCCCGAGUCGUCCUCUCAGCGGGGAGUCCGCAGCUGUGUGUCCGCCUGGAUGGAGGCGCCGGGCGGCCCGAGGCGGAGCAUCGCCCCGCUGCUGGUUGUACUGCUCUGCUGCACCGCCGCUCCGGGACACGCCGAGAGGGCGUGUCACUGCAGUGGGAAGUCUCUCUGUCACUGUGACGGGGUCAAAGGUCAAAAGGGUGAAUCUGGCUUCUUCGGGUAUGAAGGGCUUCCUGGAGUGAUUGGUUAUCCCGGUAACGAGGGCCACCAGGGCCCGGCUGGGGAAAAGGGGGAUCAGGGAACAGCCGGAGGUUCAGGACUGAAAGGCUCUCGGGGUCUUCCAGGUAAACCAGGUUUCCCUGGACCUCCAGGACUGCCGGGCCUCCACGGACAUGAAGGAGCCAUCGGUCUACCAGGACUCCCAGGAUGCAAUGGGACAAAGGGGGAUGUUGGUUACCAAGGGUCUUCUGGGGCUGCAGGACAUACCGGCCUUCAGGGUCGACCAGGACUACAAGGUGCAAAGGGACACACCUUUGUCUUCCCCCCCACUCCGGAUAUUAAAGGAGCAACAGGACCAGAAGGACGAGAUGGAGAACAUGGGCUGAAUGGAGAUCCAGGUGAACCAGGUCUGCCAGGACCACCAGGAUCCGCUGGACUUCCUGGAAGUCCAGGGUUUCUGGGGUUACCCGGAGAAAAGGGUCAGGAAGGUCCGAGUCCAGUGAUACCAGGUCCCCGUGGACAGAGGGGUGAUGGCGGCCCACAAGGGAUCCCUGGACAGAAAGGAAUUAAACUGUAUGCUGAAGGACCCAAAGAACUGAAGGGAGAACCAGGAGAAGUUGGACUAAAAGGUUGCCCUGGACUUCCUGGAGUGGCAGGGAAACCGGUGGUUAAAGGAGAAAAGGGCGGGCGAGGUGAUCCUGGCUCACUAGGUAAACCGGGGAAGGAUGGAGUCCUUGGCGAGCUGGGAGACCAGGGCGUCCCAGGGGAUCGUGGGUACCUCGGUCCUCCAGGUAUCGAAGGAGCCACGGGAGAGAAAGGUGACCAUGGUUAUCCAGGUCUUCCAGGAGAGACGUAUUUUAAACACAGAUUCCUGAAGGGCCAGCGUGGGGUCCCCGGGCCCCACGGAGCCCACGGAGUCCACGGAGAACAAGGCCUCAUUGGGUUCCCUGGCCUGCAGGGCGAGCCAGGUGUGGCCACCACUGGUCUACCGGGCCCCCAGGGGCCGCCCGGCUCAUCUGGACCCAAAGGAGAACCGGGAGAGCUGGGGCUCCUCAUUUUUGGGCCCCCGGGAAAGACUGGAAGCCCAGGAGGUCGUGGAGUUGAAGGAGAACCAGGAGAACCUGGGAUACCAGACUUCCUGCCGGGAGAUACGGGUCCUCCUGGAGCUGAAGGUCGAAAAGGCCCGGUGGGGGUCCCUGGAGUCCCAGGGGAGGAAGGACGGACAGGUGAAAAGGGGGAGACGUGUUCGGUCUGUUCGUUUAUUUCUGGCCCCGCGGGCCCUCCAGGUAAACCAGGAGAGCCAGGUGAAGACGGGGAGACAGGAUCCGUCGGUUUUCCAGGACCCAAAGGUCACAAAGGGGUCAAAGGUGUCGGAGGACCAGCUGGUCCACAGGGGCCCUUUGGUAUCCCUGGCCUCUCGGGGGCCCCAGGACCAGUUGGGGACCCCGGGAUCAUGCAGAGGGUUGGGCAAAAGGGUGAGGAGGGGGACCAGGGGGGACCAGGACCACCAGGCUCAGAAGGGAGAGACGGAUCUCCAGGAUCCAUGGGAACGAAAGGGGUUCUGGGACAGAAAGGAAACCCGGGCCCGCUGGGGCCAAAAGGUGACAGGGGCCCACUCGGGGAGACCGGUCCCAGAGGACUUAUGGGACAGGUGGGCACUCCUGGACUACCUGGAAUUGGGAAUCCAGGACCUCCAGGAUCUAAAGGCAAUGUGGGAGUCAUGGGACAGCGAGGAGAUCCUGGGAAACCAGGUGUAAAAGGUUCUCCAGGUGAAAUCACAACCUUUCCAGGAGAUUCGGGACAGGAAGGAGCGAAAGGUUUAUCUGGAAACCCCGGACCUGAAGGUAUGACAGGGUUUCCAGGUGGUCCAGGAUAUGUUGGUCCAAGGGGAGUAAAGGGAGAUGAAGGAUUUUCCGUCCAGGGGCCUCCAGGCUUUCCAGGGGUCAAAGGACUCAAGGGCCCCCCAGGAGCUCCAGGUGCACCAAGUUUUGGUAUCAAAGGACGGGCGGGGCCAUCAGGCCCCCCAGGGAUGCCGGGCCCACAGGGGAACAGAGGGAUCGGUUUCCCAGGCCAGCAGGGUCAGUCUGGCCCUCAGGGGGAAGAUGGCUCUGUGGGGCCCCAAGGAAACACUGGACCACAAGGAUCGGAUGGAGCUCCAGGGCCUCCGGGACAAGAUGGAGCUCCUGGACCCAAAGGCCAUAGUGGCCUGGAUGGUUUACCUGGUCCUGUUGGUCCCUUUGGACCGUGUUCACCUGGAGCUCUUGGACAUGAAGGCGAGCGGGGACGGACGGGCAUCAUCGGCUUCACAGGGAUCCGGGGCCCAAAGGGGGACCGGGGGGACCACGGGCGACCAGGCCUCGGGGCCUUGGGGCCUCAGGGGUCUUAUGGGGUACCCGGGUUUGAUGGAACUCCGGGGCCAGGAGGAGAAGUUGGACCGAAGGGCCUGAGAGGGACCAAUGGGGAGCCGGGAAGCACAGGCAUCAGGGGAGACAUGGGUCCUCCAGGGGCCCUCGGGGGUCCAGGGGAAGAUGGAAGACCAGGAGAGACUGGACGGACAGGACCGAAAGGUCAGAGGGCUCUAGAUGGGGUCAGCGGUUCUCAGGGGCCUCAGGGGCCCCAGGGGGAUCGAGGAGAAACUGGACCAAAAGGAUUUCCGACAGCUGUGGAGGUGUAUGGAGACCCCGGAGACCCCGGAGACCCUGGGCCCACAGGACUCACGGGUAGCGAAGGAGAAAGGGGCCCCCUGGGGCCACAGGGCCUCGAAGGGAGAACCGGUAGACCCGGAGAUGGAGGUGCACAAGGACCUCCUGGAGACACCGGCAGAGCUGGAGAGAGAGGUCCUCCUGGUCCUUGUGGACUCAAUGGUGACCAGGGAGAGAUGGGGAGGCCGGGCUUUAAAGGAGACAAAGGUUGUUCAGGGCCUUGUGGGGAACCUGGAUCAGAAGGAAAACUAGGACCAGGGGGACUUAAAGGUGCUAAAGGAGAAUCAAGUCCACCUGGACCCGGAUCUAAAGGACCUCCAGGAGAGAAGGGAAAUCCAGGAUAUUCAGGAGCACUAGGUAAAAAAGGGGAACCAGGGGACAUUGGAACCUUUGGUCCCCCAGGAGCCUGUGGCCCCUGUGGCCCCAAAGGACUUUCUGGACCCCCAGGAUGCAGAGGUCCACCUGGGACUCCUGGGGAAAAGGGUUGUGAUGGUCCUGCGGGGAACAAUGGCCCUCCAGGACCCACCGGCCUCACAGGUAACAAGGGGGCUCCUGGAGAUCCAGGUCCGGCUGGUUCGAGAGGAAACCAGGGACAGGACGGGAUACCUGGACCUCCUGGAGAGAAGGGAGCAAUGGGAGCUCCUGGAAUCGGGCCCCGUGGCCCAGAUGGGAAGACAGGUCCACCUGGGUACCCAGGGGAGCAGGGUCCUCAUGGUGUCUGUGGUCCACCUGGUCCCCAUGGUCAUGGGGGAAACCUAGGCUGUCCUGGUCCUCCUGGACCUCCUGGUCCUCCUGGUUGUGUUGGCAGGGAGGGAGUCUGCAUUGAAGGAAGCAAAGGAGAAAAUGGACUCCCUGGAGGACGAGGACCAAAAGGUCCGGCAGGCUUUCGUGGUCCUCCUGGUCCUCCUGGUCCUGGUUUUAAAGGAGAGAAGGGAUCUAAAGGAGCAACAGGUUUCCAAGGACCACCUGGUUACCCUGGUGACUCUGGUCCUGGGGGCAAACCGGGUGAAGACAGACCACCAGGCCCUCGAGGACUUGAAGGCCAGAUGGGAGCCACUGGUGUCACUGGACCUGUUGCUAUGAAGGGGGACGAGGGACCACCAGGGUACGUUGGCACAGCAGGACCUCCAGGACCAUCUGGGAGGAGAGGCCAGAGGGGGAAGGACGUAACCAGGGAGGUGCUGCUGUUACCAGGAGACAAAGGCUCACCGGGAACCCCAGGACUCAAAGGAGAAAAAGGACCCCCAGGGGCCCAAGGGAUACCUGGAGGUCCAGGUUUGAAGGGAUUCAAAGGGAGGCCUGGAGGACGAGGACAAGGUGGCCGUCCUGGAUUGAUGGGGGAGCAGGGAGACCGGGGUAUCCUCGGCUCAAAAGGUGCUGCAGGUGCUGCAGGUGCGCUCGGUGCUAAAGGUGUUCGGGGUCGGUCGGGUCCCUGCAGCAACGCACCGGAGAACGACGGCUUCAUGUUCACCAGACACAGCCAGAACCUCUUCGUCCCAGAAUGCCCUGCAGGAUCUACUGAGAUGUACAGUGGCUACUCGCUGCUGUUCAUCAACGGAAACAACCGAGCUCACGGACAAGACCUGGGUACACUAGGUAGUUGUCUACCUCGUUUCACCACCAUGCCCUUCCUGUUCUGUAACACCGACAGCACCUGUCGCUACGCCUCCCGCAACGACUACUCCUAUUGGCUGUCCACGGACCAGCUGCUGCCGGGCAGCGUGCCGCUAAUCUCCGGGGAUUCACUGAAGAAUUAUAUCAGCCGGUGUACCGUGUGUGAGGCCAGAGCCAACGUGAUGGCCAUCCACAGUCAGACCAGUAUGAUUCCAGAGUGUCCGUCAGGCUGGGACGCUCUCUGGUUGGGAUACUCCUUUGUCAUGGAAACUGGAGUGGGGGCAGAGGGGUCGGGUCAGCCUCUGGCCUCACCUGGAUCCUGUCUGGAGAAUUUCAGGAAGAUUCCCUUCAUCGAGUGUCACGGCAGAGGAACCUGCAACUACUACACCGACUCCUACAGCUACUGGCUGGCUGCUCUCAACCCAGACGACAUGUUCAGCAAACCGAAGCCUCAGACGGAUGAAGGAGACUUCCCUGGCCGUCUGAUCAGCCGCUGUAGAGUCUGCAUGAAGCAGCUUUGAAUACUGCAGUUACUCCUGAUACCGCUACUACUGAUACUACUGUAAAUACUACUAAACUACUAAAGCUACUGAUACUCAUACUUCUGAGAACAGGUUUUUUUCUGCUUCGCUGUACUCAAACUAGCAGUGAAAAUAGAACGUGGUGUUAAGUUAGUGCUGGUGGUACUACAACUAUUACUACUGUUACUACUAUACUACUACACUACUACUGCAAUUACUACUAUUAUUGUUACUACUA